AGGUCGGCGCGGAGACCAUAGAUGGAAGCCAAACGCAGACUGCUGGCGAGAAGCACCAGCCCCUCCGCCAGCCCACUCGCUGCGGGCAGGGGUUUCUCACGCCCCCUGCUCCUGGGUGACGGCACCGGAGGUCGGAAGGAAGCGGGGCGAGGGAUGAGUCAUCCCGCCUAAUUCCUCCUUCCGGGUACCCUCGCCAACGCACACCAGCCCCCUCCCGAGAUCAUGCAGCGGGGAGCGAAGAUUCCCCCCAUCUUCAGAGUCCUCCAAACCCCCCGUGGCCUGCGGAGGAGAGAAGAAGGACGGGACGUAUGGCCAAUAAGAGCUUCGCUCUCUCGCUGCCGUCCAAUUGGCCGCUGUUUACAAGCCUGGGCGGGACUUAGGCGGGCAGGAGGGGCGGUCCCGGGCUGGCGCUCGGCGCCUCGGUUCCCUAGCUCGCAGAGAGCGUCUCAUAGGGAGUCCGCGCCUCGGCUACGCGGGAAGGCGCCUCCGCUGCCAACGCCGCAGCUGCUGGCCAAGGUGCUGGACACGACAGGCCGGUCGCCACCUCGCCAGCUCAGCUACCCGUUGCAGCCGCCGCUGCCUAGCUCCCAGCCGGGUCCCCAUGGAAGAGAUGGAAGAAGAGUUAAAAUGCCCCGUGUGCGGGUCCUUCUAUCGGGAGCCCAUCAUCCUGCCCUGCUCUCACAAUUUAUGUCAGGCGUGCGCCCGCAACAUCCUGGUACAAACCCCAGAGUCUGAGUCCCCCCAGAGCCGUCGGGCCUCAGGCUCCGGGGUCUCCGACUAUGACUACCUGGACCUGGACAAGAUGAGCCUGUAUAGCGAGGCGGACAGCGGCUAUGGCUCCUACGGAGGUUUCGCCAGCGCCCCGACUACCCCGUGCCAGAAGUCCCCCAACGGCGUCCGCGUGUUCCCCCCGGCUAUGCCUCCACCGGUCACCCACCUGUCACCGGCUUUGGCCCCAGUGCCCCGCAACUCCUGUAUCACCUGCCCCCAGUGCCACCGCAGCCUCAUCCUGGAUGACCGGGGGCUCCGCGGCUUCCCCAAGAACCGCGUCCUGGAAGGGGUAAUUGACCGCUACCAGCAGAGCAAAGCCGCGGCCCUCAAGUGCCAGCUCUGCGAGAAGGCGCCCAAGGAGGCUACGGUCAUGUGCGAACAGUGCGAUGUCUUCUACUGCGAUCCGUGCCGCUUGCGCUGCCACCCACCCCGGGGGCCCCUAGCCAAGCACCGCCUGGUGCCCCCAGCCCAGGGCCGCGUGAGCCGGCGUCUGAGCCCGCGCAAGGUCUCCACCUGCACAGACCACGAGCUGGAGAACCACAGCAUGUACUGCGUGCAGUGCAAGAUGCCCGUGUGCUACCAGUGCUUGGAGGAGGGCAAACACUCCAGCCACGAAGUCAAGGCUCUGGGGGCUAUGUGGAAACUGCACAAGAGCCAGCUCUCCCAGGCGCUGAAUGGCCUGUCGGACAGGGCCAAGGAAGCCAAGGAGUUCCUGGUGCAGCUGCGCAACAUGGUCCAGCAGAUCCAGGAGAACAGUGUGGAGUUUGAAGCCUGUCUGGUGGCCCAGUGUGACGCCCUCAUCGACGCCCUCAACAGAAGAAAAGCGCAGCUGCUUGCACGCGUCAACAAGGAGCACGAGCACAAGCUGAAGGUGGUUCGAGAUCAGAUCUCUCAUUGCACAGUGAAGUUGCGCCAGACCACGGGGUUAAUGGAGUACUGCCUGGAGGUGAUUAAGGAAAAUGAUCCUAGUGGCUUUUUGCAGAUUUCAGAUGCCCUCAUAAGGAGAGUGCACCUGACGGAGGACCAGUGGGGGAAAGGCACACUCACUCCCAGAAUGACCACGGACUUUGACUUGAGUCUGGACAACAGCCCUCUGCUGCAAUCCAUUCACCAGCUCGACUUCGUGCAGAUGAAAGCUUCCUCCCCGGUCCCAGCAACCCCCAUCCUACAGCUGGAGGAGUGUUGCACCCACAACAACAGCGCGACGCUGUCCUGGAAACAGCCCCCUCUAUCCAUGGUGCCCGCUGAAGGAUACAUUCUGGAGCUGGAUGACGGCAAUGGUGGUCAGUUCCGGGAAGUGUACGUUGGAAAAGAGACCAUGUGCACCGUGGAUGGUCUUCACUUCAACAGCACCUACAACGCUCGCGUCAAGGCCUUCAACAAAACAGGAGUCAGCCAGUACAGCAAGACCCUGGUCCUCCAAACGUCCGAGGUGGCCUGGUUUGCUUUUGACCCUGGCUCGGCACACUCUGACAUCAUCUUCUCCAAUGACAACCUGACUGUGACCUGCAGUAGCUACGAUGACCGGGUGGUGCUGGGGAAGACCGGCUUCUCCAAGGGUGUCCACUACUGGGAGUUAACCGUGGAUCGCUAUGACAAUCACCCCGACCCUGCCUUUGGUGUGGCACGCAUGGAUGUGAUGAAGGAUGUAAUGUUAGGAAAGGACGACAAAGCUUGGGCAAUGUACGUGGACAAUAACCGGAGCUGGUUCAUGCACAACAACUCGCACACCAACAGAACUGAGGGAGGGAUCACAAAAGGGGCCACAAUCGGGGUCCUCCUCGACUUAAAUAGAAAAACGUUGACAUUUUUUAUCAAUGACGAACAGCAAGGGCCCAUUGCAUUCGAGAACAUGGAGGGCCUGUUUUUCCCGGCAGUCAGCCUGAACAGGAAUGUGCAGGUCACGCUUCACACUGGGCUCCCAGUCCCUGACUUCUACUCUAGCAGAGCAUCAAUCGCCUAAGGAUGUGCUGUGCAGGCACCAGCUGCCUCGUCUUACCUCCGCCUGAAAAGCAACAGCACGGAGCUCAGCCAGAGUGGUGGGAUCCAGGAGAGCUGGAAGGAGAGGGAGAAGGAGGAGAGAAAAGCUGGUCCUCUGCGGUCAUUACAUCCCACAACUCCACCCCUUUCCUUUUCAACCUCUUUACUGCUGUGAUGCCUGCAUUCGCUUCCAUGUUCAGCAAUUCCAACCAACAACGGACCUAGACAGCCCACCAUGUCACUUUGUUUCCACUCCCAGAUUUUGCUUUUAUUUAACUUGAUUUUGUAUGUAGGUGAGUUAUAUUUUGUUCUUUUCUGAUCAUGUGAUUGGUGACUUACUGAACUGGCACAGCCAAGAGAAAAUUCUGAUAGCUUUUCUCUUAAGCUUUCUGUCAAAGAGGUUGUAGGGAGAGGUAGGGAAGAAGGGGCUGAAUUUGGAGCGUGCAGUUUACCUCCUCAAAUGUUCUUGCCCUGUUACUUCUCAUGCAGUGUUCAAUCUGCAUAGCUAGUCUUUGAGAGGUGGGCAGAGUGAAUGUAGCAUUGAAAAGUUUUACUAUCCAUUGAAGCACAAAAAUAUCAGCUACACAGCUACCCAGAGGUUCACAGUGGGUAGGAUCAAUAGGAUAGCUUGGUCAUUAGGACAGGUCAGAAACCCUGGUCAUUCAAAGAAAGUGGAAAGGCUCCAGACAUAGGCAGACCUGGGGACUUAAUAAUAUGGUUCAUUUGUUUAAUCCAAGUUUUUAAUUUAGAGCCUGCUAUGGACCAGGCACUGUUCUAGACACUGGAAACACAGUGGUGAAUACGCAGGUGUGGUCUCGCCCUCCUGGAGCUUGCAUUCCAGGAGAACAAACCAAAAAUAAAAUAAUUGCAAAUUGUUACAACUACAAAGGAAAUAAAGGGCAAAGAGGCUCAUUGGCAAGAUCUUUUACAUCCCCUAGAAUGAUGCUAAAAAUCCACAUAUUCUGGCCAUAGCACCAGAAACAUACCAACUCAAUGCCUUUCCAACCGUGCUAUUUAAAUUAUGAUACCUGCUGCUAUUCAUCACAGAGCCCUUCUUUGGUAGAUAUUACAUCAGCAUUCUUAUUUGUUAAUGCUGCCAUGAUAUUAAGCCUUAAAAAUUAAUGUGAAAAAAAACCACACAAAUAGUGGCCAGAGAGAGAAGGACCCAUUCUCAGUAAUGGGGGAUCUUGCGUUGCACAGCAUUUACAUUCUCAGGAUAAACAUGCUCGUCUCCAUGUAUAUAUACUCUCUGUGCCUGUUACAAGUGAAAAAUCCAUCCACUCUGCUGCCAUUUACAACCGAACUUUCAAAUAAUGUUAGGAAGAAAAUGAAACUGUAUGGCAUUGCUGUGACUGCUAGCAGAAUAAUAAUGCUUAUUACUCCUACAUAGAGAUAGACUUACACGAGUUACCCCUUCAGAUUCUUUCAUUUGACAAGAAGUUGUAGGAAAUGUAGGGACCUGGAAAGAGGCUCUGAUUAGUUGUCUAACUAUUUGCCAGUGAGCCAAGAAAUUCAACAGGAAAAAAAACAACAACAAGAAUAACAUAAAAGAGAAGACGGAGGAUGGGAAAACUAACAAAUUCAAGUUUUGGCAAAAAGUAAUAUAUGUAAAUAGCUAAUUAUUGAUUAUUGUGGUUACUUAAUUUAGGUGAUUUCUAUCGGUUACAGUGUCUUUCUAGUUAGGCGUACCUAAUUUAUUGAAUGGGUGCUAUCCUGUUUAUGUCUGUCUUGGUUUUUCUUGGCUACAGAAGAACUCUGUUGCAGGGCAACACUAGUUUGAUAUUUGACUUACUCUCCAAUGAGACUCGAUGACUGGGCCACUGUAGACUCAUAGUUAUUCCUGUUCUUUACUAAAUUCAUCCUGCUAAUUAGAUUUCUAGUGACUCGUAACACAUAGUUUACACAGAAUUGCAAUUAUAGAUGCAUAUAGCUGCUGUACUAGAAAAAAAUAUUUCUGGUGUGCCAAUAAAUAAUUUUUAUUAGAGAACCUCA